AUGAUUAAAUUCUUCUUAAUGAUCAGCAGGCGAGGGAAGGUGAGACUGGCAAAAUGGUUCACGCCCAUCUCACACCCGGAAAAAGUCAAAACUAUAAAGCAAAUAACAUCUCUAGUACUAAAUCGUAAUCCAUACCAAUGUAACUUCAUACAAUGGGAAGAUUACAAACUGAUAUACAAAAGAUAUGCUAGCUUAUUUUUCAUCUCCUGCGCGGAGCAAGAUGAUAAUGAGUUACUAGUUCUAGAAAUUAUGCAUCACUAUGUAGAAAUUUUAGAUCGAUACUUUGGCAAUGUUUGCGAAUUGGAUAUCAUUUAUAAUUAUCAAAAGGCUUACUAUAUGAUCGAUGAGAUACUUAUUGGUGGAGACAUUCACGAAAGUAGCAAAAAAACUGUGCUGCGGAUAAUAGCUGCACAAGAUGCAAUGAUGGAGGAGAGUAAGGGAAAGAGCGCAAUUUCCCCAGUGAAAUAA